GCCUGGGCAACAAAGUGAGACUCUGUCUCAAAAAAGAAAAAGAAAAAAAAAAGUGAAAAAAAUUCCUAAAUGAAGGCCUGGACUGAGGUGGCUUUCCAUUCGGAGGUCCAGCCCCAAGCAGCUGAGAGUCCCUCCUAAAUUCAUUACCUACAGCAACAACAACUAGCAAUGAGUAACAACUGGCUACAAUCCUAACAACUAAUGACAGGGACAUUUAUCUCCCUCAUGAAGAAACGGUCCCAGGACCAUCUCCCACCCAGCAUCCAUUGCGGUUCCCUGUGCAAGAUGAGUCUCUGAGUGUGAAUCCAGCAUUCUCUCCCUCUCCUUCCCCACCACCUCCACCCUCCUUAACGGAAAAACAAAAGGCAUCUGCACCUGCAGCCCUGCUGAGGCCCCUGCUGCCCACGCUUGCAGCAGAGGGUGGAGGCUCUGGGUUCUUGCCUUCUCUCAAGGGCCCCAGCCCCAACGCUGAUGGGUGGAGCCAGUCUAGCUGCUGCACAGGCUGGCUGGCUGGCUACUAAGGGCUGCUCCGCGUUUUUGCCAGAGGACAGAGACUGACAUGGAACAGGGGAAGGGCCUAGCUGUCCUCAUCCUGGCUAUCAUUCUUCUUCAAGGUACUUUGGCCCAGUUAAUCAAAGGAAACCACUUGGUUAAGGUGUAUGACUAUCAAGAAGAUGGUUCGGUACUUCUGACUUGUGAUGCAGAAGCCAAAAAUAUCACAUGGUUUAAAGAUGGGAAGAUGAUAGGCUUCCUAACUGAAGAUAAAAAAAAAUGGAAUCUGGGAAGUAAUGCCAAGGACCCUCGAGGGAUGUAUCAGUGUAAAGGAUCACAGAACAAGUCAAAACCACUCCAAGUGUAUUACAGAAUGUGUCAGAACUGCAUUGAACUAAAUGCAGCCACCAUAUCUGGCUUUCUCUUUGCUGAAAUCGUCAGCAUUUUCGUCCUUGCUGUUGGGGUCUACUUCAUUGCUGGACAGGAUGGAGUUCGCCAGUCGAGAGCUUCAGACAAACAGACUCUGUUGCCCAAUGACCAGCUCUACCAGCCCCUCAAGGAUCGAGAAGAUGACCAGUACAGCCACCUUCAAGGAAACCAGUUGAGGAGGAAUUGAACUCAGGACUCAGAGUAGUCCAGGUGUUCUCCUCCUAUUCAGUUCCCAGAAUCAAAGCAAUGCAUUUUGGAAAGCUCCUAGCAGAGAGACUUUCAGCCCUAAAUCUAGACUCAAGGUUCCCAGAGAUGACAAAUGGAGAAGAAAGGCCAUCAGAGCAAAUUUGGGGGUUUCUCAAAUAAAAUAAAAAUAAAAACAAA